GUGGCCGCCUUCCUGCGGGACCCGGGCUCCGGACGCGUGUACCGGCGCGGGAAGCUGAUCGGCAAGGGCGCCUUCAGCCGCUGCUACAAGCUCACGGACAUGUCCACCAGCGCGGUGUUCGCCCUCAAGGUGGUGCCGAGGGCCGGAGCCGGGCGGCUGCGCCUGCGGGGGAAGGUGGAGCGCGAGAUCGCCCUGCACAGCCGCCUGCGCCACCGCAACAUCGUGGCCUUUCACGCCCACUUCGCUGACCGCGACCACGUGUACAUGGUGCUGGAGUACUGUAGCCGCCAGUCCUUGGCUCACGUGCUGAAGGCGCGCCAGACCCUGACGGAGCCCGAGGUGCGCUACUACUUCCGGGGCCUGGUCAGCGGCCUGCGCUACCUGCACCAGCAACGCAUCGUGCACAGAGACCUGAAGCCCAGUAAGCGCGAGGAAGGGACUUCCGGGAGGGGGGGGGGCGGAGGGCGGGGGUUCACGCUGCGCUCCUCCGCCCGCAGGUACACGGUUCUGACAGGCACGCCACCCUUCGCCGCCGCGGCACCGUUGUCAGAGAUGUACCAGAACAUCCGAAACGGCCACUACCCGGAGCCCACCCAGCUGUCGCCCAGCGCCCGCAGCCUCAUUGCCAGGCUCCUGGCACCCGACCCCUCUGAGCGGCCCAGCCUGGACCACUUACUCCAGGAUGACUUCUUCACCCAGGGCUUCACUCCCGAGCGCCUGCCUCCCCACUCCUGCCACAGCCCUCCCGUCUUCGCCUUCCCCCCACCGCUCCGCAGGGUGUUCCGGAAGGUGGGCCAGCUCCUGCUAACCCAGUGCCGGCCGCCUUGUCCCUUUACCUCAAAAGAGGCCUCGGGGCCUGGAGAAGAGGGAGUGGAACCUGAACACAUGGAGUCCAGCAAUGAGGAAGGGGGUCCUUGCGGCUCUGGGAGCCAAGUCCACCUCCUCACUCUCAGGACCUUGCGGACUGACCUGGCAGACCCAAAGGGGAGCCUGGCACUGCAGCUGGAGGAGGCAGCCAGAAAACUGAACCUCUGCUUGGACGCAGGACCUGUGGCUGCAGAGGACGGGCCAGGGGAGCACCAGCCCGUGCUCUGGGCUCCCAAGUGGGUGGACUGCUCCCUCAAGUAUGGUCUCGGCUACCAGCUGUCAGAUGGGGGCAGUGGUGUGCUGUUUCGGGACGGCUCCCACAUGGCCCUGCGUUCCCCAGGAGGCCAUGUCUCCUACCAACCCGACCAAGGGACCUUGUGGACCUUCACCCUGAGGGACGUCCCGGGCCCACUCCGUGCCAAGCUGGCCGUCCUGAGGCUCUUUGCCUGCUACAUGCAGCGGCGUCUGCGGGAGGAGGGCACUGUGGCCAUGUCUGCCCUGCCCGCCUCUCCUGACUUCUCUCUGCUGAGCUUCGUAGCUGACUCCCAGGCUCUGGUCAUGCUGUUCAGCAACGGGACAGUGCAGGUCAGCUUCAAAACAUCCCAAAGCCAGCUGGUGCUGAGUGGGGAUGGCGAGGACUUCCUGCUCACCCUCUGGGAGCCGGGCGGCCCGGGCACUGGCACCUCCUACUCACUGGACGUCCUUCGGAGUCACGGCUGCAGCGUCCUGGUCCACCAGCGCCUGCGCCACGGGCUUCGCCUGCUGCAGAGUGUCUCAUGAGCCGACCUCUGGAGGCCUGGGCUCUGCUCUGUCUGCGCCUCCGCACCGCAGCGCGUCUGUGGAGGGCGGGCGCAUGGGGCCGCCGAUGGUGGGGCCUUCCUUAUUUAUAGUAUGACUAUUCGAGCUAGAAUUUCACUGGAUUUUUCAUUAAAGAG